CGUACAAGCAAAGCGGAAAGAAAAUGGCGGCCGUGGCUGCGGAGCCAGGAGCUGCUGCGGCAUCAACAACAACAGCGGGGAACAGUGGUGAUUUCGAACCGGAACCGGUGCCGGAGGCCAAAAUCGACUUCGAUGCGACGCAGGAGUACGCACCAGUAAUGGACCAUGUUCACCAACUCAAGGAUGGGGAUGCAGUUCAGGAAUGCAACCAGGUCCAAAUGGAGCUAGUGAGCAGGCCAGACCUAGAAGCAGCGGGAAAAGCCCUCGCUGCUAGUGCAGAGGAUGAACAGAUCGAGGCAGGCUGUCUUGGGGUCGGUGUAGAAAAAACGGAGAACCAUGCUCUCGAGGGCUUUGGUUCCAAAUACACCAUGUCGCGAGCGGAACGUUUGAAACAGUUUUUUUCGCCGAAUGUUGAACCUGCAAACGAGGUCAGUAAGCACGAGCCCUACGCCUGCCUUCAGAAUAGCCCCAUCUCCGAUUCACAGCCAUCGGUGGUCUUUUUGCAUUCGUUCCCUGCGCAACCUGUGGCUACGGAGGCUGGGCUGUCGUUAGCAGAACCAGCAGAACCCAUUAUAGAUUACGAUAAGAACCCAGAAUUAACCCAACCUACUAAUAUCGAGUGUGACUAUAGAGCUUUAAUUAAACCGUCUCACGAGGCUGAACUGGAUCCCGAACCCGCAGAUGAAUUUCCUUCUGUCUCCGAGUACAAGAAUGACGACCCCUCAGAAGCUGCUUCGCUUGAACGUCCCCAGUCCAUAGACCACGUCGACUUUCUACCAAUUCUAGAGAGGGAAACAGUCCUUGGGACACCCGUGGAGGCUGGUUACAUGUGUGACUUUUCAAGCAUAACAACCCAGAACAUUCCGAGACCCGAGGUUCCUCUAAUGCCAGUGGACCAGGUACCCUCCUCGGCAGAACUUGGAGACUCGUGCUCACCACAGAGGUUCGAAACGAAUUUCAAUGAAAGCGAUCCAGUAUCGAAACCCUCUCCCCCUGUGUCUGGUGCUGAAACUGAGGAGCUACAGCCUGAGUCUGUGCACAACCUGAUACCUGGGUCGGAGGUUCGAGUAUCUCUGGAUCACAUAAUCGACGACGCACUGGUGGUGUCCUUUCAGUUAGGCAAGAAAAUCUUCUCCGGGGUUCUGAUGGACCUAUCUAAAAGGUUUGGACCCUAUGGAAUUCCAAUCACUCUGUUCCCGGAGAGAGAAUACAAGGAGAAACCCGAAUCUAUGCAGCUAAAGACGGAACAACACCAGCCAGAGACCGAGAAUGUGGAAAAGCCAGUCCAGGAAAACCCCGAUGGCCAAGUCGCCACAGUGCCCGAACCGAACCCUGACCCCCAGUCUAACCCAUGGACUUCAAAACCUCCCCCACUGUUUCAGGAAGGCGCCCCUUACCCUCCCCCUUUGUUCAUCAGGGACACCUACAACCAGUCGAUACCUCAGCCGCCUCCCCGUAAGAUCAGGCGGCCCAAGCGCAGGCUGUACCGCGAGGAGCCCACCUCCAUCAUGAACGCCAUCAAGUUGCGGCCCCGUCAGGUGCUCUGUGACAAGUGCAAGGGCGCUGUCACGACAGUGGACAAGCGGGAGCCGCGCAGAGGCCCCGUGUCAGACUCUAGGAGCGAGGAUGCCAAGCGGAGACGCAACGACAGCGCUGUCAGCAAGCGGCCGCGCAACGACCCCCGCUCAGAGGAGAAGAGCCGUGCUGCUGAGGUGGCCAAACGGCAGGUCUCCUCUUCUUCCUCUUCUCUGAGCCAGGUUAAGGGCGGAGCUGGAGGGAACAGGGUUCUGAGAGCGACCUCCACCACAACAUCAUCACCGGUGAACAGCGGCUCCAGAGUCCAGCUCAAUGCCAAGAAAGUGCUGCAGAGCAAAAAUGUUGAUCACUCCAAGGCCCGGGAGGUGCUGAAACUGGCCAAGGCCCAGAAGAGGCAGAGGGAGACUACGGUAGAGGCCCACGCACACCAGAAGGUCCACUUCACUCGGCGGCUGCAGCAGAUCAGCGGGGUGGGACCAAGCAGCGCCACCCCUCUCCCACCCAGGAUGCGCAUCAAGCCUCAAAGGUACCGUAAUGAAGAGAACGACUCUUCUACAUGUAAGCCGCCUUGCCUGGAGAAAGUGCCGGGAAGUGGCUGUUUGUCCCCUCCAAAGCCAGACGCGCCCCGCUGCACCGCCACAUGCUCCUCCUCCUCCUCCUGCUCCACAGGCCAGGCCGCUGCUGCUGAAAGCCAGGGCCCUGAUAACGGGCCAGAACCUGAGCCAAGGAGCAUGGUGACCCCAAGGCGGAGCCGGAGGAGCAGGGGGCAGGAGGAGAGGCGGGAGACGCGUGGCAGCAAGGCUGGCAACCUUGUCGUUUUCAUGAACCUUAACCCCGGCCAGCCGGACUCCUCUAAUACCUCUAUGUGCAGCGUUGAUAGUGCAGACGACUUAAAGUCCUCGGACUCAGAGUGUAGCUCUACGGAGAGCUUUAACUUUCCCCCUCCCGGUCGCCCCUCGCCCCCUGUCCCCGGCACGUCCUCAGCAGUCGCUGACCCGUCGCCUGCCCCUACGGAAGAGAAAAAGCCCUGUAAAUCUCAGAAAGUGUUUUCUAAAAAUGUGUCUAAGUGUGUCUCUCUAGAGGGCAGGACCAUUUGCGUAGGGGACAUUGUUUGGGCCAAAAUAUAUGGCUUUCCCUGGUGGCCAGCCCGCGUCUUAGGCAUUCAGAUCAGUCGUAAAGAUAAUGGGCUCUUAGUCAGGCAGGAGGCCCGUGUCGCCUGGUUCGGUUCACCCACCACCUCCUUCCUGGCUCUUGCACAGGUCGCCCCUUUUCUAGAAAGCUUCCAGUCACGCUUCGACAAGAAGAGAAAGGGCUUGUACCGUAAAGCCAUCACAGAGGCAGCCAAGGCUGCCAAGCAGCUCACUCCCGAGGUUCGCGCCUUGCUUACACAAUUCGAGACGUGAGGUGGUGUGCUUUGGGGGAAAAGGAAAGGUAGGCAAAAAUGGCACCCACUUUUGUCCCCCCCUGCAUCUCUCCCCUGCUCGUCACCUACAGGGCCCCCUCACCUUCCAGGGAGAAAGAAACUAAAUAUUUCAGGCCAGAACACAACCAGUAAUCUUUUUUUUGUGUUUUUUUGUACGCUUGAAAAGGGACUGGAUGGUAUGGGGUUAUGAACCUUGCUGGGUAAAUAAGGAUGGCAGUGUAUUUUUACUUUAUCCUAUCAAGGAUCACCUUUUCCAACCUGGUGGAAAUCUGGUAAUUGUAUAUUUUAGGAACAUUUUUAUUCACUGGUCAGUGAUUUGGAAUAUUCUCCUUUUACUUCUUAAAUUGAAGCCUUUAAAUGUCACUCUUUGUGCAAAGAAACUUACGUCAUGUUUUAACACCGCGGGUUCAUAGGUUGAUCGAUCGAGUUCCGCUGCCAAUUGUCAAAAUCUUAGAGACAAAAGGGUAUUUCUUUCAGUCUAUGCAACAAAUGGUUCAGUGUCAGAUACUGUGAAUGGAAAGAUACAGGAUCUGAGCAGGAGUAGAUAUUAUGUAUCUGUAUGGGUGGAAGACAUGCUGUGAUGUGACCAGGAAGUGGACACUUGUGGAUUUGAAGAGAGAGCAGGCAAAUAGGGGCUCAUGUAUCUGCUGUACCUCAGACAUAGUCAUAGCUGCCUGGCUGUGGGAGCUGCCUGCCAGGACUUUCCAGACAGUUGAGCUUUGGUAGCGAGGAGCCUUUGAGCCAGACAGGUGAGCCGGGGUGGUGAGGAACCUUUAAGCUAGACAGGUGAGCCGGGGUGGUGAGGAGCCUUUAAGCCAGACAGGUGAGCCUUGGUAGCGAGGAGCCUUUAAGCCAGACAGGUGAGCUGGGGUGAUGAGGAACCUUUAAGCCAGACAGGUGAGCCGGGGUGAUGAGGAACCUUUAAGCCAGACAGGUGAGCCGGGGUGAUGAGGAACCUUUAAGCCAGACGGGUGAGCCUUGGUAGCGAGGAGCCUUUAAGCCAGACAGGUGAGCCGGGGUGAUGAGGAGCCUUUAAGCCAGACAGGUGAGCCGGGGUGAUGAGGAGCCUUUAAGCCAGACAGGUGAGCCGGGGUGGUGAGGAACCUUUAAGCCAGACGGGUGAGCCGGGGUGGUGAGGAGAGGAUGGUGUGCUGCUCCUCAUCCUCUCUCUAAAUAGAGAUGGCUAUUGAUACAGUACCCCCACCCAUAUUUCUACAGUGCUACUACAUACUCUAGUUCCCUUGACUCUCUUCUCGGCCUCCACAGUCCCCCAGUCUCUGUUCUUCUAUCUGACUGUCCUGUCUACCUAAUGCUCUACUGAGUUAUCCAAGACUGUUCUAUCCCUACUUCUCUAAUCUUCCUAGCUAGCGCCUUGGUUUUUUCAUACAUAAAAUGAUGCCCAGUUGUUUUAAAAUCACUGAUUUAAUGAAUUGUCAGCAUCGGGACAUUUUCAACAAACAUUUAGUUGAUGCAGCGAAAGCUUCCCAUUCUAAUGAUAUUGAGUCGACUAGCAUUGGCCGUGGGAAGCCAUUUUAGUUACUCCUCACAUAGACCGAUGUGAUAUGGUAGCACGACGUUACAUGGAGUGACUAUAUUUUUUUGCCAAUUGUGUUAAACUUUUACUAUGGGUUUGCCAUAUCUUGUUGAUUUAUUAAGUUUCCCAGUGAUUUCUCAGUUUCCGUUGUUAGACCUACUUCACCCUAAUUUGAAGUGGGAAAUGUGUGUUGAUUUUAUUUGGUGCGUCUGAACCCUAUCUUCUAUCACUUCCUUCAGUGCUUGGCUAAUCUCGUACGACUGUGAAUCUUGAUUUUAUAUAUUAUGUACAGUACAAUCUGUAUCAAAUUAUUUAGAACUUUCAUGAUGAUUCAUGUUAAAGUUUUUUUUUAGUGUGACUGAGGGGAGGGCAGGAUGAGGAAAGGUGACCUCUCCUGCUGGCUGA